UUGACAAAAAAAUAAAUAAAUUAAAAUUUUCAAGUAAUUAUUAAAAAAUAUAAAAAUUAAAAACUAUAAUGGCAAUUGAAACAACGCUUACAAGAAUUGGUUUAACUUUUAUAAACGCAGUUUUGCAUUACAUGCUGUAUAGAUUCGUGGUAUUUUUUAUAAUAACCACCAAAGACGGGGUAAUUAAAUUUUUAAAGAGUUUUUUUGAUAAUAAGUGCCAGAAGCGAUCUAUCGGGACUUCUAGCAUAGAAUUAAUUCCACCUGCUUGUCCUGCAAUUCCAAUAAAUCGCGAUGUCUGAUCUGCUGAACACAUUUACAACUACGAAUAGCAAUGCGUUUAAAUGGCCGUACCAAAGACCGCUGCUGGCGAUUCCGAGUCAACCACCUGAAAAUAUUUAUAGAAAUUCAAAUUUAUAUCUUCCUCGGAUAGAUCCAGACGAAUGUAAAUGUAAUUACCACAAAAUUGAUACUGAGUUAACCAGAUAUAAAGAGUUGAUGGGAAUUGAACAUCACCUCUGCAAUAACGUCGUUAAAGUAAACCGUGAAAUAACUAAACUGGUGUCCAGUAUGCUGGAAAACUCAAAAAAUGAUGAACAGGUGAUGAAAAGUGUCUACCAAAUUGCGCAUCAGCGAAAAGACGCUCCUCUUACAGAUUACAGGUCAUUAAUGGCAGCAGUUGAUGCUCCAGUCGGGUUCCCGAUUGAACCGGAUACUCUGGAACUUCGGGAAGCUUAUAGAGAUCCUACGACGUUUCGGUAUAGUUCUCAUGAUACUCCAGCUAUUCAACCGGCCGAGCAGAUUAAUUUUAAACGAGUUCCUGAGGUGUUCAACAUGUGGAACAAACCAUUCACAGGUCGUUCGGAGUACAUGGACACCAUCAGCAAGCUUGGAUUGAGCAAUUUGAAGCACUACCAGCAGCAUCUUGAGCCCUGUUUAUCUUCCAGGAGACGCUGGGGUGAUCAAAAUCUCUGAAACUGAAGAAAUAAUUUUAUUAGUAUUAAAUAAAAA